UACAUUGGGAGCCUGGAUGUGCCGCGGCCGAAUAGCCGGGUGGAGAUUGUGACGGCCAUGCGACGGAUCAGGUAUGAGUUUAAAGCCAAGAAUAUCAAGAAGAAGAAAGUGAGUCUCAUCGUGUCGGUGGAUGGUGUGAAGGUCAUUCUGAAGAAGAAGAAGAAGCUUCUUUCGUUGCAGAAAAAAGAAUGGGCCUGGGACGAGAACAAAAUGCUUGUCAUGCAUGAUCCUAUCUACAGGAUAUUCUAUGUGUCUCACGACUCCCAGGAUCUAAAGAUCUUCAGCUACAUUGCCAGGGAUGGAUCUAGCAAUGUCUUCAGGUGCAACGUCUUCAAAUCCAAGAAGAAGAGCCAAGCCAUGCGCAUCGUCCGGACGGUGGGGCAGGCCUUCGAGGUCUGUCACAAGCUGAGCCUGCAGCACACCCAGCAAAACGCAGAUGGGCAGGAGGACGGAGACAGUGAGAGGAACGGGGAUGACCUGGAUGUCCCAGCUUUCUCAUGCCUUCUGCUCUUGAUGACCCCUUUGUCCCACAUCAGGGGCUUUGGCUGCUCUUCCCCAGGUUUGGGCUGCCUGCACCCUGAAGAUAUCCUGACAGCGUCACCCAAGAUGCUGCUGCCCUCAUCUGCCCAGCUGCCCGACCUGGGAACGCCUCUCUCUGCCCACCACCAAAUGCAGCUUCUCCAGCAGCUCCUGCAGCAGCAGCAGCAGCAGACGCAAGUGGCCGUGGCACAGGUCCACUUGCUGAAGGACCAGCUGGCUGCGGAGGCAGCGGCGCGGCUGGAAGCCCAGGCUCGUGUGCACCAGCUCCUGCUUCAGAACAAGGACUUGCUGCAGCACAUCUCACUCCUGGUCAAGCAGGUGCAGGAGCUGGAGCUGAAGCUGGCGGGGAACAACACGACAGGCUCCCAGGACAGUCUGCUGGAGAUCACCUUCCGCUCCAACGUCCUUCCCGUCCUCUGUGACCCGACCACCCCGCAACCCGAGGACACCCACCCGCCACCACUGGCCUCCAGCUCAGGCUUUCCCAGCGCCCUGGACAGCCCUAUAGGUAGGAACGACUGUCUGGGGGAGCCUGGGGGGUACCCGCCUCUUUUAGGGCCGCCCGCCCCAGAGCCACCGCUGGGCAGCCUGGAGCUCAUCAAAUUCCGCGAGUCGGGCAUCGCCUCUGAGUACGAGUCCAACACAGACGAGAGCGAGGAGCGUGACUCCUGGUCCCAGGAGGAACCCCCGCGCCUGCUCCACGUCCAGCCCAGGCAGGAUCUGGGCGACAGCCUGGAGGACGAGAUUGCAGUGUAG